AUGACAUCCAUAUUCCGUCACUUUAUUAGUGAGCUUCCAUACAUAUAUGUCAUUACGCCUACUUACGCAAGAUCGGUACAGAAAGCAGAACUCACACGUAUUGCCAAUACUUUUUCGCACAUCAAAAACUUGCACUGGAUUGUGGUAGAAGACUCCAAUGAAGGAACUAAUUUGACAAAACAUUUUCUUAUCUCAUUGUGUGAUCAAAGAAAUCUUGGGUUAACAUGGUUACGACACAAUCUCAAGCCUAACGUAUCAAGAGGAGUUGUUUACUUCGCGGAUGACGACAAUACAUACUCAAUUGAGAUAUUUGAAGAGAUGAGAUAUACUAAAAAAGUAUCUAUAUGGCCUGUCGGCCUUUCCGGUGAGUUACGCUAUGAAACUCCUAUAAUUGGUCCUGAUAACAAGGUGAAGUCUUGGCAUGCAUGGAACUCUUCUGAAAGGAAAUUUGCUACUGAUAUGGCGGGGUUUGCUAUUAAUCUGAACCUAUUGCUGAAUAACCCACAUGUGUGGUUUAGUCACACAAUGCCAGCUGGAUUUUUAGAAUCGUCUCUGCUUUCACAGUUGGUAGAACUGAAUGAUUUGGAACCAAAGGCUGACAACUGCACCAAGGUACUGGUUUGGCACACAAAAACUAUCACCCCAGUUUUCAGUCAAGACAAGACAUGGAAUUUAGAGAUUUAA